UCAAACAAAAAAGAAAAACAACAAAACAAAAAUUUUUACUUCAAAUUAAAUAGAAAAGAAAGAAAUUUACGAUUUCUGGUAAACGUUGAAAGUGACUUUUCAAUUUAGAGGUGGAACGAACAACAUUUUGUGUCAAACAAGUGCGAUCAACAAACCCGGGAAAUUCCCGGUGUGAUAUGAUUCAACGAUGGAUGAACGAAAUGGCAAGAAGGUGUUGAUGUUCGAAAUACUGUUCGCGCUAAUCUGGGCUUUGGACGUGGCGCGAGCGUGUCCGAGCAUGUGUACGUGUCGAUGGAAGAAUGGCAAGCAAACCGUUGAGUGCGGUGAAAGAAACUUGGUCGAGAUACCGGAAGGUAUGGAUGCGAGUACGCAAGUUUUGGAGUUUACCAAUAAUAGGUUAAAAUCGUUACAAAAAGAAUUGUUUUUUAAAAUGAAUUUAAUUCACCUUCAAAAACUGUAUAUAUCCCAUAAUCAUAUAUCGAGAAUCGACGAGAAUGCAUUUAAAGGUUUAACAAAUUUAAUCGAGUUGGAUUUAUCCGGAAACUUAUUAGAUGUAAUCCCAACGGUUAGUUUUAUUGAUUGUCCGUCUUUAAUGAGAUUAAUAUUAAGUUUUAAUCCAAUUUCGUACGUUAAAAGAUAUUCGUUUAAUCACUUAACAUCUCUAAACACGGUCGAGUUAAGUAGUUGUCAAAUCGAAGACAUCGAAGAAAAUGCUUUCGAAGGAUUACCCAAAAUCGAGUGGUUAAAAUUAGAUCAUAAUAAAAUUCGGUUUAUAACCGAUAAAAGAAUACUUCCGAAAACUUUAAGAGGAAUCGAAUUACAAGGAAAUCCAUGGUUUUGUGAUUGCAAUUUAUUAGAGUUUCAUUCUUGGAUAGUUGACUUUAAAAUACCAAGUGCGGAAGAACCGCUUUGUUAUAAACCAUCAAAAUAUUCGGGAAAGUCGGUUCGAAGUUUAGUACAAAAUGAUUUGGCGUGUUUACCCGAAAUAGGACCAACUAGCUUCUUCUUAGAAGUGGAUGAAGGGAAAAAUAUCUCGUUAUUAUGCCAAAUAAAAUCAAUUCCCGACGCUGAGGUUUCGUGGUGGUUUCGAGGUCGCGUUUUACAAAACGAUUCGAUGGUAACUCCGACGACUCGAUUAAUUUAUUUCAUAGAAGAAGGAGACGUAACUGAAAGAACAAGCGAAUUAUUCAUAUUUAACACAAAUUCAGAAGAUAACGGCACUUAUAUUUGCAGUGCUGAGAAUCCAGCGGGAAAAGUUCAAACUAACUUUACAGUUAAAAUAAUAUUAAAAGAAGAACCUUCCGUUGAAAUUAUCAUAAUUCCUUUUAAUUACUUAGUUGUGGUCGCGACAGGUGCGGGUAUUUUAAUACUUUUACUCUUUAUUACAAUGAUUAUAUGCGCGACAAAAUGUAAAAAUAGAAAAUUAAAAAAAAAUGAAGAGAUGAAACAAAAAAAGGAUCAAGAACAAACACACCACGAGGUCGGGAUUAAGAUAGAUGAGAACAAAGAGGUGCAGAAUAAUGGUCAGGAGGUAUUGUUUUAUGCCGCGCAUUCGAGCGAUGACCUCCUUCUAAAUAUGUCCCCAAUUUCGAUGAACCAAGUCCAGUUAGAACAGAACCCAGACUUGAUUAACGACGCAGAGCGUCGACAGGGCGACGGUGAAGAUUUGCACGUGACCACGAACUUACACGAACACCCAAACUUCGUUAGGCGAAAACUACCGACCAUCCACAGUUGGGACGUUGGUUGUUCCUUGAUAGAUAUGGACGGGUUCCCGCUUGAUUACGGUCUCCCAAAACCGCCGCCAGCGAACAAUUGUUACCGUACAUUGCCCUAUAACAGAGCGAAGAGACAACCCGCGGGAAUUACCACCAGCGGUAGAUUCUCCCGGGAAGCGGAAUUUUUACAGCACACAAUUCAUCCAUCGUACGAACAUUAUUGUUCCAACGUUAGAUACACAGCCGAUGGUUAUCCAGUUAGAACGUUGGAAAUCGUCGCUUCACCACCCGAAGAAUAUAAAAAUGACGAUGCACCAAACUCACUACCAUGUUGCGUUCCUAACAACGUAGUCGGAAUUCUUCCAUGGCCCCAAUACGUCUCAGCAAACAUUCAUAAACGAUGUGUAAGUGCGCAAACUGACGGAGAACCCGGCGCCUCCGCCAUAAUCAUCCCAAACGAUCAAGUUAAUGAUGGAGGAGUUACCGAAAGUCCGGACGAAGGAUAUGGUGAUGAACCAACCGUUGUUAUUUAAAACAACGUUUAAAAUGGUAUAAUAAGGUUUACAGGGUAUUUUGAUUACUCUGUUAAAAAUGUCGAAAAUUGUAAUAAUCGAAAUAAUGAUUUCGAGAAGUAUUUUUGAACGUAAACAAAAACCUGAUUGAUGCACUUCUUUCGCACCAUUAAAAGUGCAGUUCAAUCGUGCGCACCCCCUUUAAUGAAAGCAAUUCAUCAUUAUCACCGCGGUGGCUGCGAAGUAUCCGCUCUGUUAAACCGUCGUCGACGGCGAGAUUCUUUUGUGUUUAGAUAACUGGGUCAGAGCCAGAUCAAUACGCAACCGCGUUGAGGCGACAAUCGCGGCUGCGGCUGCAUUAUUCACGGACGCAGAGAUUGAUUCGUUGCAAUAUUAAGUACCUGGGUUUGAAACCCUUAGACGCGGUAAUGAACUGAAACUUAUAACUCGUUGUUGAUCGUGUUACCGAAACCUAGUCUUAUGAUUAAUAUUGACCUGACCAAUAAGGAAACUUAGGUUAGGUUGUACUCUAUCGGAUGUGUACUCAUUAAAACUGUAUCGUUAUCGCUCCAAUUGAAAUGUAAAUACUAUGAACGAUUUUUUUUAAUCUAAGAUUUCUUGUAAAUAUUGAGUGAUGAAAU